AUGCCUGGCCUUCGUCUUGGAUCGAUUGCUCCUAACUUUACCGCCGAGACGACUCACGGUGUGCUCAACUUUCACGAGUACCUCGGUGAUUCGUGGGGAAUUCUGUUCUCGCACCCGGAUGACUUUACUCCUGUAUGCACGACCGAGUUGGGUGAGGUAGCGCGCAAGGCGCCCGAGUUCGAGAAGCGCGGCGUCAAGAUCAUUGGUCUUUCAGCCAACGACAUUGCGUCGCAUGAUCGAUGGAUCAAGGACAUCAACGAAGUCGGCAACACUUCGGUCAACUUCCCCAUUAUCGGCGACAAGGACCGCAAGGUUUCGACCGAAUACGACAUGCUCGAUGCGCUCGACCCUACCAACGUCGACGCCAAAGGCAUCCCCUUCACCGUUCGUGACGUGUUUGUGAUCGACCCGAAAAAGGUGAUCCGUCUCAAAAUCUCGUACCCUGCCUCCACAGGCCGUCACUUUGACGAAAUCCUCCGUGUCAUCGACAGCCUCCAGAUCGGCGACAAGUACAGAGUCACCACUCCCGUCAACUGGCAAAAGGGCGACAAGGUCAUCGUUCAUCCCAGCGUCCAGGGCGAGGAAGCCGAAAAACUCUUCCCCGGCUACGAAACCGUCAAGCCGUACCUGCGCUUCACCAAGGACCCUUCCACCUCCUCGGCUUAA